GAGGCUCUUGUUCUUCCCCGCGAGAUCCCAACAUCGACGACUAACAACUCAUCGGCGUUUUUUGUCUCCUCGUUUUUCAUACUGUUAUAAUUAUUUUAGAGGAGGACAUGUGCCGUCAAAAUUCUCCUGUACACCAUUCUACUGAGGAAGACACCGCAGCUGAUGAGAGCCUUCUAAUUUAUUGCAAGCCUGUUGAACUGUACAAUAUUCUCUCCCGCCGUUCUCUUCAUAAUCCUUCAUUUCUUAGGAGAUGUCUGCGCUACAAAUUACGAGGAAGGCAUAAAAAGAGGUUAAGAGCUGGAAUUGUGAUAUUCAAUUAUAGGGACUGUUACAACACGAUUCGAAAGACUGAAGUGACUGAGGACUUUUCUUGUCCAUUUUGCUUGAUGCAAUGCGCAAGCUUUAAGGGUUUGCGAUUUCAUCUUUGUGCAUCACAUGAUCUCUUCAACUUUGAGUUUUGGGUGACUGAGGACUAUCAAGCGGUCAACGUCUCUGUGAAGAUUGAUAUAUUGAGAUCAGAGAAUGUCACUGAUGGGAUAAAUCCACAGUCACAAACCUUCUUCUUC